UUGUGUCUUAUCUCUCUUCCAGUAUAAAUACAAGAACCUCUCUGAUUCCAGCAACAUUCGAUCUUCAGAAACCACACUGGACUUCAGACACAGCACCACAAUGUUGUUUGUCGUUAUCUGCUUGUUUAUGGCAUCAGCUGUUUCUGCUGUAACUGUAAUAACCUGCGAGACUGGAAGCACCCACACGUUGGCAUGUGCAAACGGAGUGAUCAACAUACAGUCAGCCUUCUAUGGGCGUGCAAACAUGUACACCUGCAGUGAAGACAGACCUACUUCGCAGCUCACUAACACAAUGUGCUCUCUAAGUGGGGUUGACGAUUUCAUCAAAAGCAGGUGUGACUUGAGGACAAGCUGUGAGAUCGACAUGAAUGAUAUUCUCACUUCUGAUCCCUGUCAAGGAACCUACAAAUAUUUACAGACCAACUUUGACUGUUUACCAUCAAUUCACGUCAUUGCAUGCGAAGAUGAUGAAGCACAACUGAGCUGCACUCCAGGGUGUGUUAUUUAUGUCUACGGUGCUUACUAUGGACGGCGUGACGAGACCAUCUGCACUGAAGGCCAACAGCCAGCUGUGCUUGAAAACACGCAGUGCGCUAAUCCAACAGACUUGGUCGCUCAAAGCUGUAAUGGAUUGGAGAGCUGCACCGUUCCAGCCAGCAACUCGGUCUUUGGAGACCCCUGUUAUGGCACUUAUAAGUAUAUUGAGACGGCUUAUGUUUGCGUUUAUCCAUCUGCAGAUAUCCCUCCCCCGGAUGGGCCAGUUGCUCUUCUCUGGCUUAAGCAUCAUCAGUCUGAAUCUUCAGAAACCAUGCAGCACUUCAGCACCGCGAUGUUGCUUGCAGCAGUCUGCUUGUUCAUGGCAUCAGGCAUUUCUGCAGAAACCGUCGUCACCUGUGAAAACGACAGAGCUCAAUAUUUGCAAUGUCGAGGUAAUGAAGUGAUCAGCGUGCAGUCGGCGCUGUACGGCCGAGCAGACUCCAUCACCUGCAGCGAAGGCCGACCUCCUCAGCAGCUCAGCAACACAAUGUGCUCCCAAAGCGGCAUCCUAGAUUUGGUCAAAAGAAGCUGUGAGCUGAGGCAGAGAUGUCAAAUCAACAUGAGUGAUGUCCGCACCUCUGAUCCCUGCUGGGGGACAUACAAAUAUCUACAGACCAACUUCAUAUGUUUACGAGCAAUUCAAGACGUCACAUGCGAGCACUCUACUGCCCAUUUGCGCUGUGGUAGAAGACGUGUUAUAUUUGUCUAUGGCGCUUACUAUGGACGCCGAAAUAGGAGAACCUGCUCCGAUGGGCGCCCCCAAUCCCAAGUUGAAAAUGUGAACUGCAUAAACCCCACCCAGACAGUUGGUGAAAGAUGUAACGGGAGACACUUUUGUUCCAUUGAGGCAAGCAACUCAGUGUUUGGAGACCCCUGCUAUGGCACAUACAAAUAUAUGGAGGUCGCAUACGUUUGUAUUUAAAUCUCUAAUUCCACGGAGUCCAAACAUGACUGUGAUGCAGAG